AUGGAGAAAUUGAUGGUGGCUCAAGACUCAAGACAUGAUCCAGUGGAAGGGACGGCCGGUUGGCCCCUGCCAGGUGCCAGAUUUGCUGUGCAGGGAGGGAAGCACGACCCGCUUGCGGUAGGAUGUAGAAGUGGCGAGCGUGGCGGCGUGUUGCCACCCGUGGAGAGCAAGGCUUGGUCCCCCAGAGAAGCUGCCUACUGGGCAGCCUGGGCGGACGCUUUGCCAGUCAUAGCCCAACGUCGCCCCGGCAUGGCCGACCAUUGCAUCACACAGCUGACUCUAGGCGCUCACUCCUCCCGCGCCUGUUUCCGUGCCGCAGCAACUGCCGGCGCUUUCUUGCGCGAGCACGGCUGGGAAGCUUGUCCUCCAUGGGAAGCGUUCCGCACUCCUUCCGUGUCCCAUCCUCGCCUCGACGCUGGGGAACCAAGCCUUGCUCUCCACGGGUGGCAACACGCCGCCACGCUCGCCACUUCUACAUCCUACCGCGAGCGGGUCGUGCUUCCCUCCCUUACAGCAGCAGGCCACACGCUCACCAGUGCGGCGCUCGCCCCCGGCACGCCGGCUACCUUGGCUGCUCUCACCAACCCAGAGCGCCGCCCUCCCGCUCUGACGCGGCCUCUACCGGACCACCUCCCUGCUUUCCAGCCGGCAACGGCCCUCCAACUCACACAGCGGGACGUUGCCGAAAGCCUCCGCACCGCCAAGCGCGGAGCGGCAGCCGGACUUUCCGGCGCCACUAUCCAUGGAACAUUACAAACUUCUCUUGGAAAGCGAGGAAGGGUUACAGCUGUUCACACACGCAGUGACCCAACUCGGCCAAGCAGCGGGGGGGCUGGUGUGCGCGGGAUCGCCACCGGCGACGCGCUGCGUCGCCUCACUGCUCGAACCCUCGCGCGUACCCAUGCAGCGGUGUUCGACACUGCCACCCGGCCGUACCAAUUUGCGCUCCACGCGCGCGCCGGCACCGACGCGCUGGCGGCUGUUCUGUCGGCUGCCCUGGACACGGACCCCAGCAUAACGGUCGUGUCUGUGGAUGGCCGCAGCGCCUACGACACCAUCAGCCGGGCGGCCGUUUUCAACAAAUUGCUUGAGGUCGCGCCGGCCCUUGUCCCCUUCACGCGCGCCUGGUACGGCGCCCCCUCUGAAUUCCUCUGGUGGGAACAACACAAUGUUUGCCACCGAGUGCCCCAGGGCGAAGGCCUCGAGCAAGGCGACGCGCUGGCUCCGGCCCUUUUUGCGCUUGGCCAACAUGACGCGCUCACCGGGGCAGCGGAACAGCUGCUCCCCACCGAGUGCUUAGCUGCUUACCUGGACGACCUCUAUGUUGUCACCACUCCCGACCGCGCCCGGCUGGCUUAUGAUACAGUCACCAGGGCGGUCGCUGCCCACACGCCGGCAAGAAGCAUGGAACCCUUGCUGCUUUGUCACUUCAAAGUGCACAAAGCCAUCAUCGCACCUGGGGAGAUGAGGGAAAAACGAUGUUCGCUGUUGCUGCGCUCAAUUUCGCAACCAGUCGCGCAGUAUGUCCAACUUCCUGUGGUGUCUUGGGGCCACGUGGUGUGUUUGCCUUCCUAUUCUUCUGCCGUGCGCGCCAGCACGGGCAGAUGUUUCAUGUGUUGGGUUCCAAAGCUGUGGGCCUAUAAAGAGGCUGCCUUGACCAUCCAUGACUAUCAGGUGGCCUCGCUCGAGGAUUGCCGCGGUUUUCUUAUAGCAGCACCGAACGAUUUGAUGGAGCUUUUCCAGAUGAUCGACUCAGGCUCUGAGGCCCUGGUGGGGCGUACACCUCGCCAGGGCCCACUGCCAAUGACCAUGGCAGCAAGACCUUGUGAAAAGAAGUACGAAAAUUUGCCGGACGGUGGACUGAUCAAGUGGCACUGGUACAAGAAGGAACGUUUGGUGACCCGCCUGGUGAGAAAGACAAAGUUUAACAGCAUCAAGGAGAUGCUGACCAGCGUGGGAGUCCAAGUCUGUGUUCCUGGCAAGACCAUGGAGCAGGACAUCUACAAAGGCCUUGGUGCGAAAUAUCAAGGCCCAGUCAUUGCUCUGGAAUUGACACCUGUCCAGUGGCUGGAGAAUGUGGAGCCCAAGUACCCCCGGAAGACCAAGAAUCGCACUGCCAUGAGAAAACCAUCGGGGAAGGUCAAGAAAGACCAGCAAUCAGACAAGUCAAGUUCCUAUGGCUACAGUGACUACAGUGACGAAAACUGUGCUACUCCUGAAGGCAAGGGUGAACCCCCACCAAAGUCUUCCGCCCAGACCAAAGGAUCCAAAGCCAUCGUGGCUCCCCAGCCCGCGCCAACCAGCUGCCGAGAUGCCUCAAGCCGCCGAGAUGUUCAGGGAGAACUCUCAAACUCGGCUCCUGUGAGUGGUGACUUACCAAUGUCAACUGGAUUGGAUCGUGGGGAACCUCCUUCCAAGAUGGCAAGGGGGGAGAGGGUGCCUCCACCAUUGACGAUAGACAUAGUGGAUGCUUCAAAGCUGAAGACGCUUACCUUGUGGAUUGCCCUGACAAGAGCACAGUUUGAAUCUAUGAUGGCAGGCAAUGAGGUGGUUCCAGACGCUUACUCUGGACGAUUCGGGCUGAAACGUACCAUGUUCAAGGCCGUUCAACGGACCAAGACUUUCAUGGGAUGGCAAUCCAAAGAGGAACGAGAAUAUCUGGCCAUGCGAAUUGAGAUCUCACCCCUGGGAUACAUGAGGAAGAUGGAACAAGGAAUUCUGGUCAGGUGCGGACCUGGUGAGUAUCGAUGGGUGGGAGGCAUCUACGGUCAAGAGAAUGACGUCGAAGACGGUGAAUGGCUUUAUCGCAUCAUCGGUAAUGCGUACCACUUUGGAGUCAAGAAAGACCAGCAAUCAGACAAGUCAAGUUCCUAUGGCUACAGUGACUACAGUGACGAAAACUGUGCUACUCCUGAAGGCAAGGGUGAACCCCCACCAAAGUCUUCCGCCCAGACCAAAGGAUCCAAAGCCAUCGUGGCUCCCCAGCCCGCGCCAACCAGCUGCCGAGAUGCCUCAAGCCGCCGAGAUGUUCAGGGAGAACUCUCAAACUCGGCUCCUGUGAGUGGUGACUUACCAAUGUCAACUGGAUUGGAUCGUGGGGAACCUCCUUCCAAGAUGGCAAGGGGGGAGAGGGUGCCUCCACCAUUGACGAUAGACAUAGUGGAUGCUUCAAAGCUGAAGACGCUUACCUUGUGGAUUGCCCUGACAAGAGCACAGUUUGAAUCUAUGAUGGCAGGCAAUGAGGUGGUUCCAGACGCUUACUCUGGACGAUUCGGGCUGAAACGUACCAUGUUCAAGGCCGUUCAACGGACCAAGACUUUCAUGGGAUGGCAAUCCAAAGAGGAACGAGAAUAUCUGGCCAUGCGAAUUGAGAUCUCACCCCUGGGAUACAUGAGGAAGAUGGAACAAGGAAUUCUGGUCAGGUGCGGACCUGGUGAGUAUCGAUGGGUGGGAGGCAUCUACGGUCAAGAGAAUGACGUCGAAGACGGUGAAUGGCUUUAUCGCAUCAUCGGUAAUGCGUACCACUUUGGCCCUGGUGGGGCGUACGCCUUGCUAGGGUGCAGUGAUCUGCCAGCGACCAGGCAAGACUACCUUGCCCUCAUCCUUGCCAUGUCCACUGUAGCUGUUUGCAAUGCAUUUCUAAGCAACUUCGUGGAUCAGUGCUGGCAACAUGUUCCUUUGAUUUUCAACGGUGAGCUUGCUCGAUUGCAUGAUGCUUUCCAGGCUUUCGGCUUGGAUGGCAGCAAAUACGCUCCACAGGCAGUGUUUGCUUCAAAGAGGCAGUUUGAGAGGGAGUGCCACAUCAGCAGGUCGCUGCAAAACAAGGAGUUUGAGUUGGUCUUGGUUAGAUGGUCUCCCAGACCCUAUGGCAAUGUGUGGUGCGGGCGCGGACACAGUCGGGCUCCCUAUUACUGUGCGCACUGUGACUUGCAUGGCUUCACUUCCAGCGACCACAGACGACACGUGUGCAAGAAACGUAUCAGUGCCAGUCUUCCUAACGCGAAGUUGAGACUCCGCUACUGGAUCUACAUAGGACUGUUGGAAGAGUAUCUGUGGAGAACGCAACCAAUGAACGAUCCGCCUCAGACACCUGAAGAUGGAGAGAUUUUGCAGGAGAUUCGCAGGCUUCUAUCCCUGAAGACGCAGACAUAUUGGGGGACGCUGCUUCGCUUCUUGACAGAAGACAGGACUGCCACCGUGAAAAAGGUUGGCAAAUUCAAGCCGAGCCCACGCUUCAUCCAGGUGAUGCUUAUGAGAAGCAUGUCUUUAGAAAAAUUGGAGAAGCAUAUCAAAUAUUUGCAGGCAGGUUCCGAGUCUGCGCGGAAAUUGGCGCGGCGCUUGGAGCGGCACAAGCAACGCCGACAAGGUAAUGAGGGCAUCACACCGGAUCAUCCGAGCAGUGUCAACGCUUGCGGUGAGGUGUACAAGUGGCCAAUCCAAAGUCGUCGGAAGAAAAGAGAACCUGCGGCGCCAAAGUGCCUCAAACGGCCGCCGCCAUCAGUGCUGCCCGGCGCAAAUAAGCGUCAGAAGCCGUCUGCAGCAAGCCCAGCCACACUUCUUGGGCCGACACAGGCCGCAGAUCGUGUGGCCGUCAAAGACUCGGAGCAUCUUCACACUCUGGCUCAACGUUUGGCUACCGGGCGGACUGACGCAGUGCUCCUUCAAAUCCUACACGCGAAUCCAUUCAAGAAGACUUUGCUCGACAAGCCGCCGUCCAUUACAGGCACUCUUCAUGCAGACGUGGCACAUGUGCGUGCAAGGGACAAGCGAAACACAGCAGCGAACUCCAGCACUAGUUUUUCUCUCGGAACACUUUCAACAGUCAAAGUUCAAGAUCUGUCCAACACAAGAGUCGAGCUUGUGGUGACCACAGUUCACGGGCGAGAUGUCCAUCUGGAGAAAGUUGGAGGCAAGCUUCAAAACUUGGACCUGCUUCCCUUGCCGCUGCCAUCUAUGCAAGCGCCAACAUUGAAGGGUCCCAUGUCCAAUGGCGACAACGAAAUUGUCACCGUCGCACCCCAAGCCGCAUUACACCACACCCAGACAUUUGGUACAGCCAAAGAGCCCCAUAGAACUGAGCCAAGAGCAGACAAGAUGUGGUCAGGUUGGAUUCUGGACGUGCCGCACUCUGUGCAGUUUUGCGCGCAGCCACAUCGAUGUGUUACGUGCAAGGGAAGCGGUGGAGCAAAAGUUGAGGACAAGGGGAAUUACCAGGUCACAGAUGCUGAUGUGCUUCGAGCUUUUCCAAAUGUCAUUGUUGUUAAAGCGCCGCAGCAAAAGAGGCAUUUCAUGACCAGGCGCUACUUGCUGGAGAUCUUGCUGCAUUUCUAUAGUUCUCUCAAUUGCAGAGAAAUCCGUCGCAAGCUCAUGGAUGUUUGCGCUGCGCAGACAUUGCAUGCUGAUUUGCUCUGGCAGGCGCAUGCGACACCGAAGGCCGAAGUUCUGCGGUGGACAGUCCGGCAAGCCUUUGGUAAAACCUUGGGAAACAUUGUUGAGUCUCUGCAAUCCAAGCUCUUUGUCUACAACGGGCAAGGUAUACGUCACGAUGGCAACAUGAAAUUGGCCAAACGAGUGAUGGUGCCUAAGGAGAGGAUCUUCCCUCGCUUGGGUCGGAAACGACGCAUCCUCGGCAGUCGCAAGAGGUUCGGGCGGGUCGUCCUCGCUUUCACAGGUGUCGAUGGCAGUUUAUUAGCCCCACCAUGCAUCGUAAAGACCGAGUCCAACAAGGAAAUUGCAGCAACCUUGCGGCCCCUGCUGUUGCAGCUCAAGCACUCACGCUUGCGCGCAGGAUGUACAAUCGAGCAGUCCAUACCCGUGUUCCACGCUACAGACAACUACAGGGGUCAACGUCUGUGUCUAGCAAAACUCUAUCGAGAGCUCUGGCCUGACCUUCGAGUGCAGUCCUGGUCCCGCACCAAGAAAGGCGAUGCUGUUCGACGACAAGACCUACCCGUGGGCUGCACCAUCGUCGGCGACCCCCAGCAUGAUUGCAUGAACUUGGCCAAGGUCUUGCAUUUUCGCGCAAGCGACAAAGAGAACCUCAUGGAAGAUCACGCCGAAACAAUGCACCGGUUGGCAGCCCCAGAUUACCCGGUGCCCGAGCACGACGUCUCCAAUCCACCGCGUCGCAAUGGCCCAGGUAGGGCGUACGCCUUGCCUGUCCCUGAGCGACAGCUUUCCAAGGAGGCUGUUGCCUUGUUGUGGAGUGCAUGCAUCGAUCCAUGGCCCAAAUGGCAAAACGUCUUCCAACAUUCCACAGAAGGUGUUAUACAAGAAGCCAAGAAUUUUCUCACUUUACCUCGGGUCCAAGAAUGCAAAGCUUGGCUGCCUGCCUUCAAAGGGUUUCCACCAAGACGGACCUUGGGCCGGAUCGCCAAACGCUUCGGAGCCGACCUGCAUCCAACUUGCCAGCCUUUCGGAUUCGAAAGUGAGAAGGAAUUUCGAAAGGAGAUUCGGCGUAUCAUGCGUUGGUACAAGCAUGGCAAAAAAAGCAUGCGCAAGAAUCGAAACUUACCGAGGCUGCUGGGCCCCAUCCGGCAGGAAGGCCUUUGGGCCUGGCGAGCCAUGAGCCGCGCUCUCCGCAAGGCCAGCAUCUGCCAACAGAGCGGCACAGUCUCGGUGGAACGUGUGUGGAGCUAUUUCCUCUCCGAAUUUCCAAGGGCCAACAGAUGUAUGAGCAAAUCCUAUUUUGACCUCAUGGCAGCUUUGCUCUGGAUUCGACACAUUCUGCGACAUGCUCGUGCAGACAGGUUGCUGAUUGCAAUGUGUGAAUCAGAAGGAGCAGACGAGUCAGCAGGUCAGCCCGAGACCAAACCUGAGAGUGGUCUUGCAGGAGCGCUGUCAACCCCAGAGACUGCAUCCAGGCCGCCGCAUUCGCCCGCUCCGGCAUCAACAAGCGACGGCAUUGCCCGCAGAUUGUCCUUUUCAUCACCCAGCGGAAUGCCCACUCCUCCCCCACAGGAACCGCGAGAGGAGAUCCUAUCGCCACCCUUGCCGUCGCCAACGCCGCCCGACUUCGAGACUCCACCGCAAGCAGGCUUGCCCAAAGCCGAAUCAAGCAAAUGGGGCUUCACCUUUCACGCACCCAAGAACAAAGCGCAAUCAAUCCAGGAACCCGUCGAGCCUUUCCUUGCCAAGUUGCACAACGCGCAAGAUGAAGACCAGGUGCUGGAUGUGCUGUGGCCCCCCUACUUGUUUCAAAACAUGAGGACCUGCGAUGAAAUCUUUGACACAAUUCAAUCCAAACUCAGCGAAAUCUGGCAAGAUACAAGAACACACAGGGAAAUCGCCUUGGAUUCAGAGUUCACACUUGCCAAAGUGUUUCCCAGACCGUUCUACAAGGCAGCGGAGGCCGUCGCUCUGCACAACGGGUGGCAUUUGGAAAGCUUCAUGUUGUCACUCCUCAAUAAUUUGCCGUUCAUUGAACACAGGGCCACACGUCUGACUCCAACAGCCGGGAAACAAUUGGAGCAACUCGUGCAGAUUCCUGCCGUGACUUCUUCGGCCCCGCCGCCAAAAGAUGGAGACACGGAAAGCAAUGGUGCAAAGCGUAGGAAGACCGAGGACACAGAGGAAAGCAACGAGCAAGCAGAAGCCCGUGAUGCCCAAGAUCCCGACCUCCAGGCAUGGCUCCAAGAAGCCAGCAAGCAGAUGUAUGGAGCCGACGGCCUCUUGUCUGUGAAGCCAGGUGAAUAUGUCCACCAGAUAAGCCCUGGCAUCCCAGUGAUGCUUGCAGGGCCGGCCAGCAGCAGGAAGAGUUCCCAGUGUGAGUUCACCCGAAGCUUGCUUCAGGAUUCGCGAUUCGCACCAGACGAAAUGAAGCAGUGCAGCCUGGUGGAGGCCACGCUCAGAGGAGCGGAAGCAGAUUCCAAGAUUACUGGCCAAGAACGCAUAGGAUUGACUUGCUACAAAGCCUUGGUGAAGCUCUAUGGCCAAGUGGAAGCAUGCGAGUGGAGCUUGAAACCAACACCGAACGGGUUCCCAAAGCGCAUGUCGGUGGCGUUUAGUGGCCCGCGCAAUCCGCAGGAUGAGGAUUGCGGAGAAAAAAUGAGCACUGGCAUCUUGCAGUCAGCUACCAAUGAAUGGCUGGACAAGAAAACUGAGGAAUGGAAGGACAUAGACAAAAGCUGGGCAACAAAGCUCUCUUUCAUGACCAGCGACAUCAUCCGCUUUGCCGCGGUCAAUAUGCGCAUUGCAGAAUUCUUUGAAGCAAUGACUCCUGCUUUCAAGGAGAAAGACACCACGACAAGAGUGACCUUCAACCACUUCGAGGUGGUGGCCGCCUGUUGGCUUUGGCUGCGCCAAGUGCACCUUGUCAGAGGUUUGGCCAACUUCAUGGACUCCAUGGAAGGCAAGUUGGACUUCAAAGAACGGAGUCUCGCAAACGAAAUGGUCAAAGCGCAGCCACAAGAGUCCAAAAGAGCACCGUGCUUGACAGGUGAAGACUUGUUGAUGCACCAAAUCAUGGAAUUACCAUGCACUUCAGGAGGAGUGGAAUUCAACACCAGCCAGAUCAGGGAAAAGAUACGCAACAAGUAUCGAAGUGAUAACAAAAUUGCAGAGAAGAUCUUGGCCGCGGUACAAAAACUUGAAGACAACGGGUUGUUACUGAUGAAAAGGCACGAAAAACCCAACAGAGGCGGCCGCAAAGUUCAGACAUAUGCAAAGCCAACUUUGAGCCAGGUGGAAGCCAACCAAAAGGCCACGGAAGAGCGCAUGAGGAAAGGAGGGAAGGAGGAAAGGAGGGAAGGAAGGAAGGAGGGAAGGAGGGAAGGAAGGAAGGAAGGAGGGAAGGAGGAAAGGAGGGAAGGAGGAAAGGAGGAAAGGAGGGAAGUUGGAAAGGAGGGAAGGAGGAAAGGAGGGAAGGAGGAAGGAGGGAAGGUACUGCAAGACCAAGAGGUUCAGAGACAGUAUGCAGGAGCAUUAUCUUUGGUGAUCCUGAAGCAGACGCCCUUUUCGGCAAAUCGCCGUCUCGCCAGUGAAGGUGAGAAUGGCCAAGAAGACUUGUUGAAGAAGACAG